AUGGAAGAACAACGCCAGAUCAUUGAACAAUUGAAGCAGACUUUGAACGCAUUGACUGUUUCCCAAAACACUACUUCGAACAAGACUCCAGCAGAUGAACCUUUCUAUCACAUCAACGAGCACACCUACGAGGAUUGUGCCCAGGAGUUCAUCGACUUCACUUAUGAGAACCCAACCACAUACCACGUCAUUGAGUUCUUCUCUAAGUUGCUAGAAGGUAAGGGAUUCAAGUAUUUGCCUGAGAAGAAGACCUGGAACGACGAAUUGGAGCCAGGUAAGCCAGGUAGAUACUACACCAUCAGAAAUGGUACUAACAUGACCGCUUGGGUCAUCGGUAAGAAGUGGAAGCCUGAGUCUGGUGUCGGUGUUGUCGCCAGUCAUGUUGACUCAUUGACCGCCAAAUUGAAGCCAGCCUCCUUAAUGGAAAAGGUCGAGGGUUACAAGCUCUUCGGAGUUGCUCCUUAUGGUGGUACUUUGAAUGAAUUGUGGUUCGACAGAGACUUGGGUAUCGCUGGUCGUGUUCUGUACAAGAAGAAGAACUCUUCCAAGGUCGAAAGCACACUUGUGAACUCUGCUCCUCACCCCAUUGGUAGAAUUCCUAGCUUGGCACCACAUUUUGGCCAACCUUCUGAAGGUCCUUUCAACAAGGAGACCCAAGCAGUUCCAUUCUUUGGAUGGUGCUGUGACAUUGAUGAUGAAGGCACGAUCACUGAUGAAGAGAAGAAGUGCCCUCUUGUUGGUAAGCACUCCAUCUUGCUAUUAAGAUACAUUGCUGAGCUAGCUGGCAUCAAGGUCUCCGAGAUUCUACAACUGGACUUGGACUUGUUCGAUGUUCAGAAGGGUACUUUCGGUGGUAUCAAGAAGGACUUCAUCUUUUCACCAAGAAUGGACGACAGACUAUGUAGUUUCACUGCUAUGAUUGCUAUGGCCUACUACGGUGCCACAGUCGACCUUGACGAAUUGAGCAGUUUCAACAUGGUAGCUCUAUUCGACAAUGAAGAAGUUGGUUCCUUGACAAGACAAGGUGCUGAAAGCACAUUACUAAAGACAUCAAUUUGCCGUACCGCAAAGAGAUUCACCAACAUGGAAGGCUUAGAGCCACCAACUUUGUUUGCAAAUUCCAUUGUCUUAUCUGCCGAUGUCAACCACUUGUUUAAUCCAAAUUUCAAGGAAGUCUACUUGAAGAAGCAUUCUCCUAAGCCAAACUGGGGUAUGACCAUCUCAUUGGACCCUAACGCCCACAUGGCCACGGAUGUAGUUGGAUUGGCUUUUGUCGAAGAGCUGGCUCGUAAGAACAAGGAUACCGUUCAAUACUUCCAAAUCAGAAAUGACUCCAGAUCUGGUGGUACUGUUGGCCCAAUUGUCGCUGCACAAUUGGGUGCACGUACUAUUGAUGUUGGUAUUUCUCAAUUAUCUAUGCACAGCAUCAGAGCUGCCACAGGUACUAAGGACAUUGCGAUGGCAAUCAAGUUCUUCAGAGGUUUCUUCGAUAACUGGAGAGAAGUUUACGAUAACUUUGGCGAGUUGUAA